AUGCCACAACCGGCACCAGCGCCAGCUCCAGUCAUCCCUGUCGUUGUUCCAGUUUGCUGUUGCUGCCCAUGCCAGCAGCCGCAGCCUGCACCAGCGCCGGUGCCAGUAGUUGCACCACCUAUGACACCUGCACCGAUUGUGAAUGUGUUCACCUACCCGCCCAUGACUGCGUCCUCACGUCGACGAAUCAACAUUUUCAUCAACUCAAAUUGCCCUAGCGGAACUGGUGGUAAUGGUGCUAAUGGAUGCUAUUGA